AUGUCCCGGAUGGACUUAUUGGAAGUUACCCUCUACAAAAUGAAUCAGAUCGGGUAUGUGCUGAGUUAAAUUUGUAGUGGAAUUUUGAGGGUUUUGCCAAGGGAUUUUGGAGAAUUUCAUGGUGUCAGAAAGACGUGUUUUUUCCGAAAAUUCGGGUAAUGCUUUGGAAAAUGUUGGCUAGUUUUUAUAAAUUUUGAGCACAAAGUUUUGCACUGUGCAAAGAAAAGUUGUCAAUUUGGUGUAAAACAAAACUAUUUUUCAGCUCUGCCGAAGUGUCCUCUCUCUCCUACGAAGGCAAAAUCCAGCAGACCUAGUCAAUCGAAGAGAUCGGCUCACUCACGAAAAGCGUUUUUCCAACUGAUUGUCGCAAGAAGUGCAAAUCUUCGGCGACGGGAGCGCAAAUUUACGAAGAAGCAAUUUGGGACGAAAAGACAACGAGGAUGUGCAAAGGGAUCGAAUCCAUCCAUGAAAUGAAUGAUACACCAGUGGAACCCGUGCCGAUCAAACCAAAAAAAAGGCGAGCAAAAAGAAGGAAAGGGAGUAAGUAUUAGUGAUUUUGCUGUAUUUUGCAGAGUGCGGAAGUCUAAAAAAUGUCUGCAUGGUGCGGAUUUUUUUGUUUUUUGCGCGGUGCAAUAGGGAAUUUUUUGCUGUUGCACUGUGCCGUAACCGAUUAAAAUCUUGGAUCGCACAGUGCAGAAGAAAAUUAUCUUUGGCGGUUUUAUAUUUAUUAAAAUUAUAUGUAUAUUUUUACGGUUUAUUAUUUGUUUUUAAGGGCAAUGACGUUGCUUCCGACCAAUCUGACACCUGACUUGGAAGUCGAAGUCGUUUUUCCCGAUUUUUUCCUUGGCGCAAUGGAUCAAUACAAAGCUGAAGAGAAGUGUGAUAGUCUCACUGCGUUUGAAUUCUGCUAUAUGGUCGAUCAAUACACCUGCGUCGAGGUUUUGGAUCCAACUCUGCCUUUGUUUAUUGUUUAUCGGGACAGCUCGGGAUCUUCCUGGUAAGUGUCAUGGGUAAUAUGAAAUAAGGUCUGGGACCAGAGAUUGCCACGGCUCCGGAGCCGGCUCUUGGCUCCGAGCCGGGAGCCAGAGCCGGAAAUUUUGGGUGCGGCUCCGGCUCCCGAGCACAAAAUAUACCCCGGGACUAAAGUUUGGAAUAGGCUAGAUUUUCUUUGCGGCUUGAGAUCGGAGUUUUAUUUCUUUUCUAUUAGAAUCGGAAUAUAUUAAAACCCCAGAAUGGAUGCAUAACCGUAGAAAUCAGAAAGCUCAUAUGAGCAAAAAAACAAAAUUUUUAAAAAUGGGUGGGACAAAAGUUUGGAACAGGGUAGGAAUGCGACCAUAAAUUUCGAGGUACAGUCAAAAACGCCUAGGCUUCGGUUUUUUUAGAUGCUGCGAGGAGUCAGGACUUCAUCGAGAUACAGAUUUUCAUCGAUAAACUCAAAAUGAAAAAAAUUCUUAUUGAGCCAAAAAUGACGAUCAAAUUUGCGAAAAAAAUUAUUUUUGGGUUGGGUUCUCUAUGUUAUUGGGUGUGUAGGCAUUCUAAAAUAUUUAAUAUAGUCGUAUGACCGUACAAAGACACUCAGAUCUUCGCAUAGUGACCUUAUCCGCACAGUAUAAUUUAUGAAAAUUUUGGAUUGCGCUUCGAAUCUUGGUCUAAUGAAUUUUAGACUUUUUGUAAGGCGGCUUGAUGGCUAAUUGGUCUUUUCAUAAUUUUUGCGGGACAAAAAGGUAUCUUCAAGAGGCAAAAACUAACCGCUAUUUGCACCACGAAAGGCCACAACUUCGAAAAACCCGGAUAUAUGAGAUGUUAAGACAACCCAUAUUUUUUACUUUAAUUUUAGGUCGCCGUAUGGCGCAAAACUAAAUGCCUUUAUCCUUUUCACACUGAUAAAGUUUUGUUAGCCAACUCUAAAAUGUAUUAAACUAGGAAUCCAGGUCGAUAUAGACAUUGAUCUUGGUAAUCGAAAAUUUUUUUUAAUUUUUGAAACAUCUGGCUUGGGAUAUUGCAAAUUGCGGUCAUGUUUUGCUUUGUGAAGAAACCUUUUCAUCCCACAAAAACUAUGAAAAGGCCAACUAGCCAUCAAGCCGCCUUACAAAAAGUCUAAAGUUCAUUAGACCAAGAUUCGAAGCGCAAUCCAAGAUUUUCAUAAAUUAUACUGUGCGGUUAAGAUCGUUAUGCGAAGAUCUGAGGUAGGUAGGGAUUUAUUUUGGACAAAAACCGUGACAACGAGGAUGUGCAAAGGGAACGAAUCCAUCCAUGAAAUGAAUGAUAUUCCAGUGGAACCCGUGCCGAUCAAACCAAAAAAAGGCGAGCAAAAAGAAGGAAAGGGAGUAAGUAUUAGUGAUUUUGCUGUAUUUUGCAGAGUGCGGAAGUCUAAGAAAUGUCUGCAUGGUGCGGAUUUUUUUUGUUUUUUGCGCGGUGCAAUAGGGAAUUUUUUGCUGUUGCACUGUUCCGUAACCGAUUAAAAUCUUGGAUCGCACAGUGCAGAAGAAAAUUAUCUUUGGCGGUUUUAUAUUUAUUAAAAUUAUAUGUAUAUUUUUACGGUUUAUUCUUUGUUUUUAAGGGCAAUGCCGUUGCUUCCGACCAAUCUGACACCUGA